AUGGCAGGUCUUCUUUUAGAGUCUUACGCCCUAGCGCUCCUGAAGGUGAUGGGAAAGCGAGACGACGCAGAACAUCCGCCGCUGGGAUUUGCUAGACGCAGUGGAACACUAUCCUCAAAUUUCAACGUGCCAGCUCACAAACUCCUGCAAGCUGUCAUCGAGUACUCCCCAUCUCCGGAAACGAUCGCUCGAGGGUUUUUGGUGGAGCUUGGGAAGUGCGGGAUCUUGGCUGUGAAGGGAUUUGUCGAUGCCUUGGACAACGAUCGCUCUGUCAAUUCAGACGACUGGGCAGCUAUCGUGCAUGAAGAACUUGAACAGAAUAACGGUAAUACCACGUAUCUCACAGAACUUGCAAGUUACUAUUUGUCCCACCUUAUAAUCGCAUUCAGAAAUCCGGGUGGAAAAAAGACCCCUCAAUAUUCCGUACAUCCUACACCCAAUCUUAGGCGUAUAGAGGAUAUUGCAUUGUUGUUAGAGUCGGCCACAGCUCAUCGAAGUCAAUCGGCUUUGAGAGACCUUGUCUUUCUUCGCGAUGGGACUCGUUGCUCUCUUACCCGUUACGCUUUUCUUGGGGAUGAUAGGGUUGUAGUACCCCGCUGCGCACACAUCAUCCCAUUUUCCAUCCAUUCCAAGACUGAUGCACAUGCUGCGAUUGAGACCUUCACCGGCCAAACAUUGAACGCAGAACUCAUUCAGCAACUCGUAAACCAUCCUGCUAAUGCCAUAAAUAUCCAAACCGAUGCCCACGAUUCAAUGGAUCAGAAACUAGCCUGGGGGAUCGAAGCCAACUUAGUCGAUCAUAAAUGGAACUAUUAUUUCCGAGUCGUUCGGCCAAAGGAAGUAGCAGCUACCAUUUACCUUCGUGACGGGGAUGAAAUGAAAUUUGGGCAGGGGAUUGGCGGCGAUGAGAUUCCAUUACCUGACCCUCGGAUUUGCAAUCUUCACCUAGCUGUUGCCCGGGUCUUUGCAGCCUCAGGUGCCGCGGAAGUGUUUGAUAAAUAUCUGGAGGAUGAUGAUGACGAUUACAUGACCCAAGUUCCUGUCUACUUUGGGGGUCCAUUCGUUGAUGAUGACGUACUCAUGCGUAAGCUUGAGGUGCUAGCUACCUGA